AUGAUGAUUCACGAAGAAAUUGGUGAUGGGUACUAUUGUAUUCUUGUUGAUGAAGCACAAGAUACAUCUAAGAGAGAACAAAUGGCCAUUAGUUUGAGGUUUGUGAAUCCUAAAGAAGCUAAUGUUAUUUGGGAGUCAAUUUCUCAUUUGGACAAUAUUAUCAACAUUAUCACUUCUUUCCAUAAGCGCGUUAUAGGGUUACAAUCUGCGCAAAGAAAUGAAAUUGAACAUAUGUUAGCUACUGGGGAGUGUGAGUCUGGAAGAGGAGCAAAUCAAGUGGGAGUAAGAAAGUUUUGCUCAAAACACGAUAUUGAGAUACCCAACCAAGAAAGUUUGUACAAGGUUGGUCCUUGUCGUCCUCGUGAUCAAAUUACAACGGAGCAUCAUUAUCACUUUGAUGUUUUUAAUGAAGCAAUAGAUUUCAUACUAAUAAAAUUAAAUACAAGAUUUAAUGAUACAUCAGUUGAACUUCUCACACUCGGUGCAGCUUUGGAUCCUAAAAAUUCGUUUAAAUCAUUUAGCAUUCAUGAUUCUAUCAUGGGGAUUUGUGAAAGCAAGAUAUUCGUACUUUGGAAUAUAAGUUGCGACAUUUUUGAGCUAGAUAUGAAGAGUGAAUCUCAAUUUCAAGUAUCGACACUUGUUGAGUUAUAUCAACGGUUAACUAAGAGUGGCAAGUCGGGGACUCAUAUUAUGGUUACUCAAUUGAUUCGUCUUGUACUGACUUUAUCUGUUUCUAUAGCGACUACUGAGUGA